ACUUGUAAAUGCAUAAUCGCACGACUUAUGAUAACACGCGAAGCGUAUAUAAUGCCGACCCAUCUGCGAAAACCUCAUUAGACUGGUUAGCAGCAUUGGUGAUUUGAUCAACUCGAAGAUUUCGCAAAAGCAGUAUAGAAGCAAGAAUCUUUCGCACAGGACAUAGAAAUACAGUGAAUUCAUUAUAUUUAAAAACGAGAUCAUGUUUAUGAAAGGCAAAACAGUUCAACACUCGGUUUAUCCGACCCAUAAUGGAGUGCUUUCGCACGCAGCGGCGUUUCUGGUCACCGUUGGCUUUGUGAUGUACACGUCAUCCGACAGAAAGCGAGAAAAAUCGUCGGAACUCACGAAGACCACUGUCCAAUUCAUUCACCUUUUCAGUUUUGCCACUUGGGUUGGUGUUCAGUUCUGGAUUCACGUUUCAGGAUUCACGAUGUACAAGACUCUGAAAAGGACAGCUUUUGUUGCGGUUCAGAGCAAGAUGUUUCCACUGUACUUCACGGCAGGAUUUAUAACAAGUUCCGUGGCAUUACUCACACAUCUUCAUCUUAAUCCUGUCGUCUCGUUUAAAGGGGACAGAAUGGCAUUUUAUCAGACAAUCGGCUUAAUCGUCUCUCUGAUGUGUUGCGUGUUCAAUCUUACGUAUCUUGGUCCAGAAACAGUCCGUUUAGUUGAGGUCAGAGCGGCCCGUAUCAAAGUUCUCGGUAUCAAAGAUGGCGUCGGACCCGUUUGCCUAAAUCUUGUCAAAGACGACGCCGAAUACAUGUCGAUACGAAAACAAUUCUUAGUAAUGCAUAUGUUUUGUUCGUUCGUGAACCUUCUCUGUUACGGAGCGUGUGGCGUGAACAUUUGGUGUCUAGCCACUAAACUCACAAUGCAGUGAAGCAACUUUGACUGUUUUAUUCAGUAUAGCUCAAAAACAAUAAGAUAUUUGACAGAGACAGGGUAUUUAUAAUCGCAACUAGGAUAAUUGUAUUAUCAUUGGAUAUAUACAUACGACAUCCCUACUUAUGACCCUUUUCUAAAGCUUAAUCCUUAGCUACGAGUAGCAACCUUAGCUUGCUGGACUGGAUUCAUAUAGAUUACGAAUCUAUACGAUUACGAAUUUCGCAUUCAAAUUUUUGAUGUAAGAACGUGCCUUGAACAAUUGCUUAAAUUUGAUCGCGAAAACUAUGUAGUUUCACUAUGGUUGGUUUGCAAUAUGGCCGCUAUCUUGGUUCAAUUUUCAAACAUGCGGUGCAGGCUAAAAUCAUGCUUUUAUUAUCGCAGUAUUUCAAAACCCAACCGCGGCGAAUGAUACGAUCGACAUCAUGAGAAGUAACAAAAUAAAAAAAGUCAAACAAUUCAGUUUGUCUGCUUCAAAGCAGAUGUAACUGAGAUUCGUAGAAUAAACCAAGAUGGCGUCCGAUGACAGAUUAUGACGUCAUUCGCGCCAAAAAUGACGUGAGCUGGUGGCUGGCGAAUUCGAACGCCUCGUCACAAAUGCUUAAAUCUUAUUGGACUGAAAAAACAUUGAAUGUUACAUCAGUGAUACGUGGGAUGGUUAUUUUAAAU